CGGCCGUGGCACCCGCGUAAAGCUCGUACUAUAGUACAGUACCUUAAAAAUAUAUAUUACGGCGGAUCUCGUGUGACGAAAGUGGUGGUGCUUCGAUUUCAAUUAUUAAUUCUAGGUCUUGCCCUUGAAACGGAAAACAACCCAUAAACAACUUUGCUACUUUUAAAGGUACGAUGGCGAGGGUCUUCGCCAUAGUACUGGCGUUAUGCAGCGGUGCACGCGGCCAGGGCCACCACGGCCGUGUCUUUUACCUGCAGGACACGUUAAGCCCAGUGCAGAAAUUUGACGCUGCCUUGGGCACGGCCUCUGCGUUUUCUCCUUUGCCAGCUAGGUUACCUGUUAACGGAUUUGGCGGACCAGCCUCACCGGGACUUCAGGCCGGCAGUCCACUAAACAGUUUCAACAAUCCGCCGCCUCCUUUGGGAAACGGUGUGGAUAUCUCAGGGCUGACAUGCGGGCUGGCGCCGCCGUUCUGUGGAAAGUCCCGGUACCGAAGCAUCGACGGUUCCUGUAAUAACCUCCAGCGGCCCGUGUGGGGUAUGCCACAGACGCCCUAUGGACGACUAUUGCCGUUCAACUACGCUGACGGUAUAAGCGCUUGGCCAGUAUCGUCGACGGGGCAGCCGUUGCCAAACCCACGCACUAUUAGCCUGGCACUGUUCCCUGACAAGAACCUCGUGGACCCAGUGUGGAACCUGAAUGCCCAGCAGUGGGGCCAGAUCAUCACGCACGACAUGUCGCUCACGGCUGGAGUUACGCAGACCCCAUGCAACGAGACAAGCAACGACAAGGAACCGGUGACUUGUUGCGACGACAGCGGGCAGCUUGCGCCAGACGCGGCCACCAACCCGCAGUGCCGGCCCAUCCUCAUUCCGCCGGGCGACCCCGUGCACGCGCCCUACGGCACGCAGUGCAUGAACUUCGUUAGAACCACGUCCACCAGGGACAGGGGCUGCACGCCGCCUGCUGCUCCUGCCGCCCCGUUGUCAGUAGUGACCGCGUACAUGGACCUGUCGCAAGUAUACGGCAGCAGCGUGGGACAGGCGGCGCCGCUGCGGGAGUACCGUGGGGGACGCAUGGCGACUGUGCUGCGCGGCGGCCGCGAGUACCCCCCGCAGGACCCCAACGUGACGGUCACCUGCGAGUCCGCGCAGUCGCCCAACGAGCCUUGCUACUUGGCAGGUGACAUCCGAAUGAACCAGAACCCUCAGCUGACGGUGCUGCAGAUCAUCCUGCUGCGUGAGCACAACCGCAUCGCGGACGCGCUCGCGCACCUCAACCCGCACUGGAACGACGAGACCGUCUUCCAGGAGGCCCGGCGCAUCAACGUCGCUGAGAACCAGCAUAUCAACUAUUAUGAAUAUUUGCCCAUCUUCCUUGGCACUGAGAACAUGAUUAAGAAUAAGCUAAUCUACCCAGGCGUUCAGGGUUACGUGAACGACUACAACCCCAACGUGGACCCUUCUGUCCUCGACGAACACGCCACCGCCGCCUUCAGACACUUCCACACGCUCAUCCGAGGCUUCCUCCAGCUGAUAUCUGAAAACCGCAAACUAUUAGGCGCAGUGCGCAUGAGCGACUGGUUCAAUCGGCCCCUGAUUUUGGAGAUCGGCAAUACAUUCGAGGACUUGGCUCGGGGCUUGGCGACGCAACAGAUGGAUUUCAGCGACCAAUUCUGGACCAGCGAGAUAACACAAUUCUUAUUCAAACGUAACAACACUGUCGGAGGCGAUUUGCGCGCGACGGACAUCCAGCGCGGGCGCGACCACGGGCUUGCCAACUACGGGGCGACGCGCGCCGCGUGCGGCCUGCCCGUGCCCGCCACCUUCCACGACAUGACAGACUACAUAUCCCCGGAGAACGUGCGAGUACUAGAACAGCUAUACGCAAGCCCCGAGGACGUGGACGUGGUGGUGGCGGGCUCUCUGGAGCACAACGUGCCGGGCGCGCAGGCUGGCCCGACGUUCCUCUGCAUCCUCACCGAGCAGUUCUACCGCACGCGCGUUGGCGACCGCUUCUUCUACGAGAACGGCGCUGACCCCGUCACCGCCUUCACACCAAGACAGCUGGAGAGCAUCCGCCGCGGAGCCUCGAUGGCGCGGCUGCUGUGCGACAAUGCCGACGGCAUCCACAUCAUGCAGCCCAAGGCCUUCGAGCAGAUAAGAAGCGGAAACCCUCUAAUGCAGUGCGACCACUUGCCAGCUAUCGAUCUCUCGUUAUGGAAGGAUGCCACCGGAUCGUUCAAAUGAAAAUUCGAUUAAUAAGUUAUGUAAGAUGAAGCAACAUGUAAGAUUAAAUAUAUAUGUGUAUCUUUAAUUGAUAAGUAUGUAAUAAUAACAUGACAUAGACCUCAUUGAACUAUUUCCUAAUAGAGGCGUUGUAUUGUGCCUAGAUUUAUUGAAACGCUAAGUUACCUAAUGGUUGUGAUUAUUAUUUUAUAUAACAAAUCCAUUUUAACAUUUGGGGGUAUCACCCAAUAGUUUUCAGGAAUUGAUAGUUCUUGCCGUUAAAACAUAUGUACUCUUCCACUUAAUUUUUUUCCAAGAAAAAAUGGGAAGUAUUUACUUACAUUUGAUUGUUAUGUAAAAGUAGGUACUUAUGUUGCUUCAUUCGUGUCGGUACUUUCAAAUUAAGAGAUUAUUUUUGAUAUUAAUCAACUACCUUUUCCUUGUAAUAGUAAGGUGUAUUGAGUACAUGUUAAUAAUUUUAAAAUAGAUUCAAAUGUACAUAUAGACGUUGUGUAUGACAAGUGAGCCAUUUGAUAUUUUUAAUUUAUUUGUGUAAGUAAAUGUUUUAUUACUGGCAUUUUUGUGAAAUACGUGGUACAACAAGUACAGUCAGCAUCAAAAGUAGCGGAUGAAACAACGCGCCAAAAGUAUCUGAUAUUCCGGAUAACUUUUCCAAAUAUAGAUAAUUCUCUAAAAAUCACCUUCAAAACUAUAUCUUUUACAGUCUAAAUUGGUCUUCAUAUAGAACCAUCAACUUUUGUUAAGCUGUUACAGAAUGGUAGACACUUUUGAAACCUUGUUUGAUCCGCUACCUUUGAUGCUGACUGUACGUGAAAUGUUUGAGAGAAAUGUCUAAAGCGAACAAAAAUUAAAAAAAAAAGAUUCACCACUUAGCACAUUGCACGUCACAUGUGAAGUAGGUAACUAGUUCAUUAAUUAUAGAUUUAAAUUUAUUGAAAACAAAAGAGAAAAAAUUAGACUACGAUUUUUGACGAAUACUUUUAAAAAAGGAACUGUUACCCACUCAAGCCUUUAGAUUCAAACGCACUUAAACUAAUAUUAAAAGAAAGUAAUCUGUAAAUAGAUAUUUCAUAUUUUCCUUUAUAACCAGCUUCCAAAAAGAGGAGGUUCCAUGUUUGCGUGUAUGUAUUUUUUAUUGUACAUAAAAAUAAUUUCUUGUAACUAUGUAUGUUAAAGUAUGAUUGAUUACGAAUGUGCAUAUUGUAUUGUCGAAUUUAAUAUUAAAUAAACAGAUAAUACCUUACCUAA